AUGAUGGUUUGGAGUUGGUCUGAUUGGGUGCCACCUGAGUGGCAAAGUUACGAGGAUCGGGCGUCGAAGACAACUCCGAAAGCCACCCCUUCUGCAAUACUUCAUUCCAAGGAGCAAUCCAUCAAGACCCAGGUUGUACAACCUCUCAAUGACAAUCUCUCAACGACAAUGUCAUUGAAUUCAAGCACGCUCUCGAGCGCGCCUCGACGCAACUAUGGGCUCCGCGGCUCUCGAGUCAACAAUACACACACCAGAAAAUUUCGCCAUCGUGUGAGCGCAAAUAUUCAAGGAUGUACUUUGAUGAAGGUCCCGGUCGAGUUGAGGAGGAUGAUCUUUGAUCUCGCGCUGCCAGACGAGUUCGAUGGCACGACACCGGAAUUCCUCAGAGGCUUUCGUCAAUUCGGUAUGCUUUACGAUGAAGCCCUCAGCGCAUUCCAUAACAAGAACUAUACCUUCGUCCUAAACAAGACAAACAAUUGGUCGUUCGACCAUUUGGAUCCAAAGGUUUUGGCCACCAUCAAAACUGUCAAAUUGACGGUCACGGAAGAUAUUUGGAUUGUCAACCAAAUGGAUUGGAUCUCAGGACAGCUGGACUAUCCCAAUCCUUCCGCUUUUUGCCUUACCGACCUCGAAAAGAAUUGCGCAACAGCCAAGGAUGUCGCGUCUGUAAUUCUCGAAUGCCACCCAAGCGGUGAGGCCUUGUGGCAUUCAUUCCAUUGGCUUUUCCCGCAUUAUCUCUCCGGGUUCAGCAGACUAACAAAAGUUACCAUGUCUGUACCGCCAAACGUUGACAGAACUGGUGCUCUUGUGCAUAUCGCUCUGGAUGACAGAGAUAUCUUCCCAGACAUUCAUGAGGAAGAAAUCAAGAAAGGGCUCAAGUCAUUGGACAAUAUCUUUGGUGUAAAGCACAAAAUGAUUAAGUCAUUACCUGACAACUUGGAUAAGAAUGGCAAGAUGCUGGCGAUCAAAUAUAGGGACAGGUGCAGGUGGGUUUGGGAGGCUGAUGUGGAGAAGGGGGAGGCGCUGGUACUGGCAAGAAGAUAA